ACGGCUCUCUUUGAAUUUGGCUCCAGUCAGAGAGAACAUGCGCAGUGAGCAGCGUGCUGCCUUCAGUCGGCGGAGCAGCUGUCCAAGGUUUGGAAUUCCAACAUGGCAGAGGCUGUGGUCAGUCUUCCGCUCACUUACUUGGAUUGGUUUCAAAUCGCGAGCAGCCGCGCUUGACCACAGCAGGCCGUUCAGCUGCGCUCUGGCCGGAUCGAUGCCGCUAUAAGCCCCGUCGUUGCCCUGUCACCUACACAGGUAAGCCCCGAUCUGUCUAUCAGUGAUGCGAGCGAUUUUAAAGAGGAACGGAGAGAAGCAGCUCGCGCGAGGAGACGCUCCAGCGCGCGUCACGCAGCCGCAGCGCUGUCUGCUGGCGUCUGUUUGCGCGCAGUCACUCUGCGGGUUUUCCCCCCUCCACUUGUCACGCCGUGGAAAUCAGACCGACUUUCUUUCUUAAUCCCCCCCACGUCUGAUCUGACCGCAGUCCGAGGAGGAAGCGUUACGCACGGCUGGAUCCGGUCUGACCCGCAACUUUUCCCGUAGAAGUUUUUGCAUGUCAGUCUGGAUAAACUUGCAGCUAAACAACUGCAAAGGCGGAGGUGACCGCGCGCACGGGCUCGCGUUUGCGCGCAGACUAGAGGAGAGGGGGGCAGCUGUUGACAAGUAAUCUAUUAAGAAAAUAAAGGGAGGGGGCACCGCGCGCGUUUUGCCUCUUCCUCUAAUGGGCGGCUUGAAGAAUGUGUGUUUUAUGUCAUCAACAGCCUCUCACAUGCUUCCUAUUCACUCCAACUCGCGCACGAAGUGACAGACAGGCUCCUGUCGGUGCCUCCAUGGCUCCUGACGCGCGUCUCCGUCCGCAGCUUUUCAUUUAAUUCCAACCUGACGUGCAAUUUUUUUAUUGCAUCUAAAUAAUUCUCGAUGAUCUUUAGCAGGAAGAAGGAAAUGAGAUGUGCGUCUUUUUUUUCUCCUUUUUUGGGGGGGUUCAAAGUUAUGAAUCGCUGAAGACAGAAGUGGCUGUAAUGAGAAGCAACCUUUGGAAUUCCUCCUCGUGAAAAUUCCGAUUCUGCUGUUUUUUUUCUUCCCCUCUCCUCUUGUUUUUAGGCUGGAAGACAUGAUCACUAGCACCAGUAUUUAUGGUCUAAAGAUGCAGUGGACCCCCGAGCACACACAAUGGGCAGAGCAGCACUUUGACAUCUCAUCCACUACCCGCUCUCCAGCACACAAAGUGGAGGCCUACCGGGGGCACUUACAGCGAACAUACCAGUAUGCGUGGGCAAACGAUGACAUCUCUGCAUUGACUGCCUCCAAUCUGCUUAAGAAAUAUGCAGAGAAAUACUCCGGGAUCCUAGAAGGCCCAAACGAAAGAGCUCUGCUGUGCUCGUACUCCGAUAGCACCGGCGGACUCAUGAAUGGACGGAAGUCGGAGAGCGAGUCGUGGCAGGAGGGGAUUUACCCAAUGAACUGUGCUCCAGAUGUUAUACCUGUGAGCAAAGCUGGAAUGACGGCUGCCCUGCCCCCCGCGGACGUCUCGGCUAGCAUAGGCAGCUCCCCGGGGUUGGCUAGCAGCCUGUCCGAGCCCAGCUACUCCAGCAGUAACUGUGGGAGCCACCCGGCCACCACCCUCCACUCGGGCAUUCCCUCUCAGGAAUAUACUGCCAGCUACAACGGCUCCUACCUGCACUCUAGCUAUAGCGGCCAGAGCACCCCAGCCCUCCCCUCCCCCCACCCGUCCCCUUUACACAGUGCCGGACUGCUGCAACCACCCCCUCCCCCUCCUCCGCCCACCUUAGUGCCGAGCUACAACGCCGGCUCUCCGAACAUUCCCAACUACAGUUACCCUCCCACGGGGUAUGCCUCGCAGACUGCCGUGGGCCCCGGUUACGGCUCUGGGGGAGCGCCUCCCCCUUCUGCGUACUUGCCGUCAGGUAUCGCGGCCCCUACACCGAUACCCCCCACCACACUACCCAGCUACACCUACCAGUCCCACAACCAUACCCCGAUCGCGCCGACACCCUUGAACAGCAGCACAUCCAACUCCUUAAAGCGAAAGGCUUUCUACAUGAGCGGACAUGGAGACAUGGACCCGGGCUAUGGCAACUUCAAUUACAACCAACCCCGCUCCUCACAGAGCCCCAUGUACAGAGUAGCAGACAGCAGCAUAUCGGACUCGAGCAGAGGCAGCGGUUUUGAAAGAAAUCCAGACGCAUCGUCGUUAGCUUUUAAGUCCACCAAACCGCAGAUGUCCUCUGAUCAGCAAAGGAAGUUUAAUUUGCACUCCGGCAGAGCACUAAGUCCCCCAUCCUAUGGCUCAACCAAAAGCUCUGUGGGGGAUCUCAGAACUGGUGAGCCGUACGGCAAAUUUGGAUCUCCCAUUAUGAGUGAGCAAACUGAAGAGCACAGACAGCAUCUCUCCCACUCCCUAACAGGGCCUGACAUCGGUUCAGCUACCUCGUCUGUUCACGCCGCAGAAGAACAGCUAAAAAACAGUGACUCAAACUUGGUGGAGAUGGUGACAACAGAAAUCCUCCAGCAAGGCUCUGCUGUGGACUGGAGCGACAUUGCAGGUCUUGAUAUGGCCAAAGCAGCUAUUAAGGAGGAGAUACUGUGGCCGAUUUUAAGGCCUGAUAUGUUUAGUGGACUUGCAACAAUUCCCCGGAGCCUCCUUUUGUUUGGACCUCAGGGAUCGGGGAGAUCACUGUUGGCACGCUGCAUGGCCAGCCACCUGGGAGCUGCUUUUUUCAGACUGAACGGCUCCACGCUGGUGACCAAGUGGCUGGGAGAAGGGGACAAGAUCAUCCAGGCGUCUUUCCUCGUAGCCCGGUGUCGUCAGCCAGCGGUAGUUUUCAUCAGCGAUGUGGAUCUGCUGCUUUCAGCUCAGCUCAGCGAGGACAGCCCCGUGAACCACCUCAAGUCUGAGCUCCUGAUCCAACUUGACAGUAUUCUUACCUCAGCUGAGGACCAAGUUCUCGUGGUCUGCUCCACCAGUAAUCCCGAAAAGAUCCCCGACUCCCUGCGGAGGUACUUCACAAAGCGAUUACUCAUCCCGUUGCCUGAUGGAACAGCACGCCAUCAAAUCAUCAGCCAGUUGCUCUCACAGCACAACUAUUGUCUUAGUGACAAAGAGAUGUCGCUGCUGGUUCAGAGGACAGAGGGACUUUCAGGACUGGACGUGGCUCAGCUGUGUCAGGAGGCUCUGAUUGGCCCUCUCCAUGGCAUGCCCGGUGCCGAGCUGUCAGGCAUCCACCCCAGUCAGAUGAGACCGGUCUCAUACCAAGAUUUUGACAAUGUAUUUUGCAAAUUCCAGCCAAGCAUAUCACAAAAAGAACUUGACAUGUACAACGAGUGGAAUAAAAUGUUUGGUUGCAGUCAAUGAAAGAGAACCAUUUCUAUGAACUGUGAGCAUAUGAAUACAUGAAAUAGAGAAUAGAAAAUUCCCCUACGGGCUUCAUUCAGAUGGUAAAAACAGUCUAAAGAAUUGCUCAAUGAAUAAAAAAAGAUGUUCUCGUUUUUUUUUUGUACAUAAAUAUAUAUAUGAUAUUUAUACAUAUAUAUCAAUAUACUGCUAAUCUUGAGAUUUAGUUGCUGUCAAGUGCCUGACAUGGUGCUGUUUAAGCGUUUUGUUUUUACCUUAUCUUCACACAGUUUUCAUUUGUGGCAUGUGCUAAUAGAGAAAAAGAAAAAAAGCUUUACGAUGUGACAAAAAAAGUUGUUUUUUUUCAUUGGAAGAGUGUUUUUUCAGCUGUGUCUGUUCUGUGCUCUCUGUGAACCGUUGUGGUUAAUUUGAGCUAAAUUAAAUCUAUUGGCAUCAUUUCAGUUGGGCUCCAUCGCCUUGCACUGGUUUCAUGUGUGCGUAAUCAUUUAAUUACAAGAACACUGACACACUUUUGUUCCAAAACAGUCGGAUAUGUUCAGUAGAAGUUGGAGUUGGUCGUUGUUGUAGCUUCUCCUUGUAACUGAAAACAAGUACUACUUUUUCCUUUUUUUAGUUAAAAAAAUGCAUUUUGGUAAAAGAAAAUAUAUCUAUAUAUUAUGGCGUUUUUUUGUUUUUUUUUAUGCUAUCUUUAUAAAAACUCAGGAAUGUAUAGUACCUCAAGAGCUUGUAAGUGCUAGGCUUGCAUUUGAAGUUUAAAUAUCAAAACACACAAGUCUUUAAUACCUCAAAAGGCUCAAAGUGUGACGGCUCCUAAAGUGAAUGUAUGAAGGUAAUGGUUGAUUAUCUGUGAGAUGUUUGUUUUUUAAGAGGAUUUCAUGUCUUUUGAGUUUGUUUUGUAUAAAAACUGACAGCUACUGUGGGGUUUUGGUUAUAUUCCCGUAUACAUUUGUGUUUUGAACAUUUUUUCUAGCUGUGAAAGGAAAACACGUCUUUGUGUUUAGUCCCUUGUUUUUGAGAGAUACGGCUGUUCAAGGGCAGUUUGGGGCAGCACGGAGAGAAAUUCAAAAUGCAAACAUCUUGGGUUGAGAAGGACAAAUGCCCUAAGCUUCUUUUUUCUGUUUUUUUUAUUAUGUCACUAUCUUCUGCUGCUGUUUUAUCAUUAGGAUUAUGUACAGCCUAAUUUCUUUUUCUACCUCAGUGUGUUUAUCUCUAGAAACAAAUUCAAAAAAAGACAGCACCUAUGAAAUUCCCAAAACGCAAUUUCCUGUGUGCAACAUCUAUCAGCUUUGCCUUUUGAUAACACUUUUUUCACCGUGUAAUCCAUCCAUUAUAAGAACACCACUUUGCCUUCAGCUAAUUUGAUCUUUACUAACAUAUACAGUUGCAUCAUGUUUGUUUUAGACAGUUGAGCCUGUGGUGUGAAGUGUAAAAGUAAAGGUUUUUUUCUGUGACAAAGUUUACAGUAGAAUUACUUUGACUGCACAAAGUUUUUUUUUUUUUUCUUUUUCUUUUGGAACACAUGCUGAUCAUCUGCACACAAAUUAGCUGACAUUACAUUUGUAGUGAUUCUUCAAUUUGAGUCGCUCCAUUUACUACCGUUAAUUAGUACACUUUCAAGAAAGGCAACAACCAAAAACCCACAUGAGACGCCAGAUUUACGAGAUCAGGUUAAAACGUAAUAAACGUAGGCAGCAUUGCAAGUAUUUAGUAAAAGAAGUGCGGAGGGGCUAAAGUUUUUCUCAUUUUUAAGGUAUUUUUAAGCAUGGUUUUACUGAAGGUUUUACUUUCUGCCAUUUAAUCAUCAUCAAUAGCUGCGUUUCCAUUGAAUAUGAAAUUGCACAAAUUGGAUUUGUGAUAAUAAAUUUGCCAACUGGAAACACGUCAAUUUUGAAAAAACUCGCAUUCAUCAAAAUAACCUUUUUUUUGCGUUUGGAGGAGGUGGUUUUCUAGGCGUAUUGAAAUUGACAAAUUUCGCUAAACUGCAAUAGAAGUUACUCUUUUCCCUAAUUAAGAGUCACGUGACCACUGCACAAGAGGUCCCACAGCGUCAAACAGCUCAUCAAAAGUUGAGUGUCAUUUGGAAUUGUUGGAUCCACAUGUAAAAUCAUCAACAAUGAUUUCCCAAAAUUGCCUCAUCCAUAGCCGCACCCACGUAACUUUCCGCUCCGUGGCCUGAACAAUUCACCGACGUCUCCUUUGAUAGAUGAUGAUGAGCGCAGAAAUUUGAAUGUAUCUGCUGUAAAUCAAAGAAAUGUUUUUUAAUGGCUUACUGCGUGUGUUUAUUAGCAUAAUUAUGGUUUAAUGGAAACAGUGUAAUUGCUAAAUUGUCUUUUUUUUGACAUUUCUAAAAUUUCAAUACAUUUUCCCUUAUAGGUGUGUAAUGGAAACGCAGCUAGUUAUAUAGAUUCCUGCUGUAUGAUUUGCCAUCACCUCAACAUCUCACUGUCACUGUGUCCGAAUUUUAAAUUGUUUUAGUGUUUGUCCUUAAUAAACCAGAUGGUCUUAAAAAAACGACACACAACUUGCGUUAAAUGACUAACAGAUGACACAUGGAGAACACUUUAAACUUCAAUCAUUGUUAUUGAUUAUCUAAACACUGUUGGGUUAGAAUGGAAAUUAAAAUUAGAUGAUUCAAGCUAAAAAUAUUACAAUAAAUAUUACUAAAUUCCAUCUUUGCCAAUACAAUGGCAUUUUAAUUUAACAUUAUAUUUGCAAUUUUGCCUUUAAAGUAAAAGUAAUUCUUUAGAAAAGGUUAUUUUCCAAAGAAAUUGAUUUAAAUAUUUCGGAUUUUCCCUAAAACCAAAGUCAAUAUCUUUUUUUUGGUGUGAUAAACAGGACUAAAAUGGGACAUGUGAGUCCAGUAUUCUGCCGCAAACAACACAGUUUUUCUUAAAAAAUGAAGGUUUUUCCCAUCAAACACUGGAAGUUGUUUUUUUUUAAAUAUGUUUGUGUAAAAUGUAGGCGAAACAUGACUUCUACUCUUAUGUGGCAAUUAAAAAAAACAUGGUAUUCCUUUGUAGUUGUGGUCCAAAAAAAAACAAACAAAAAGCACAGACAUGGCAGAGUCAAACUGCCUUUUGUCCCACUACAAUACAAGUUCAGAACACAAUUAAUAAAAUAUAUAUAUAUAUUUAGGGGGUGUUUUGAAGUCCAUUGACAAGCACAGAUUUCACAACUUCAUCCAAGUUGUAUGUAUGCGAACAUGUAUGGGAACUCUCAAACGAAGCAGUACUAAUUGUCUCCUAGACAACAGAAGGUCUUGUCAUGUACUCUGUGUUGUUCCCGUCUGUCUUGCAGACAUAAGCGGAGUUACAUUUGUAUGAUUGUUUUAACUGUCAUAACAACUGGAGCGUAGGAAGCCGUACGGCCAAAGCGGUUUCACACCCAUCAAGACAAUGCUUGAUAUUUUAGAGGCUGUAUAAGUUCUAAUCAGCAGCGCGUAUGUCACAAAGAGAUUCACGGGAACAAAUAAGACUUGAUAGGACUUUUAUUUAUAAGCACAUCAGAUUUCACACUGGCACAAAUUUCGAUAUUUAAAUCUUUUUUUUAUUAUCAUUGCUGUAUUUCUGUGACGGUCGAAAUAUGGAUUCCAUGAAAAUCUGCUGAACUUUAUGACCAUUUCUACCUCAUUGCUACAUAUGUACUGUUGUUGUUUUUCAUUUUGAAUGUCAUUCGUUUAUGGAUUUUUUUUUAAUUAGUUAAAAUGUUGGCUUAAGAAAAAGAAAAAAAAAUAAGGUAAAGAUUGUGCUGAAGUCAGACAUCGACAGAGGAGGCGAAUUUUACAAGUAACCGAAGAAAAAAGGCACCUUGAGGCUAAAGAUGAAGUUAACCUGCACAACCCGAUCCACGGUUUAUUUACAAUGACAGACAAACUGCAAUCUCUUCAAGGUCUUAGAUGGAAAAAAGUCUUUUCCUUGGAGAAAAAGUGGAAUUGCUUUAAUCCUCUGUGCAUUCUUGUAAUUCUAUGUAAUUUGUGCGAUUACAAUUCAACAGUCAAGUAUGAGGGACAAACCUUUUGCUAUAAGUAUUUUGAAUUUUUACUCUGCAUAGACAUGUACAGAAAUCCAACUUGCACAUAGCUGUAUGUAUUGUACAUUUGCUAUUGGUUUACAGCAAACAUACAAAAUGCACCACAUACAUGUUUAUAUGUGUGUAUGUAUUGCCAUAUUUACAGUACAGUCAAUUUCUUUGUAUUUUCAUUUCAAAGGUUAUUGAAAUACUGAAUAAAGGCGGUUUGCUUCUUAAAAUGA